UUACACUUUUUGUUCGAAAAAAAACCAAAGACAACGUGUUGGCGUUGCAAAUAUUCCAUUUAAUUGCUUGAUUUUGCCAGAAUACUGCUCCGUCGCGGGCCGAGAAGUUGCGGGUAUCCGAAAGCCCUUUGUUUAUUCUGCGGGGAACACGGCUGCACACCGUUUUCACAGCGAUUUCACUGCGCCCUUGGCAACAAGUAAUUUUCCCCUUUCCCGUCGCUGCGCUUGAGAGAGAGAGUGAGAGAAUGCAGAACGUGAAGACCAGGUCCGGUGCCAGGUCGUCGCACCAUCGCCGUCCACGUCCCGGAGCCGCUGCCGGCUCAACGGAGAGUGCCGGGGUCAAGCCGGAGACCACCGACUACCAAGUGGGCAACGACGAUAACGCCUGUGUGGUGUGCUUCAAGAACGUGGACAUCUACUCCAUUGGCGACUGCGACCAUCCGGUCUGCUACGAGUGCUCCACACGUAUGCGCGUCCUGUGCCAGCAGAACGAGUGUCCCAUCUGUCGUCAUGUCCUGUCCAAGGUUUUGUUUACGCUGGAGAAGCUGCCCUACCGCGAACUGGAGGCCAACAACCGCUCCGAUUUCUACAGCAAGAAGUACCGCAUCGGUUUCUGCAGCGCCGAGAUUCAGCAGAAGUUCUUCAAGCUCCUCGACCAUCCCUGUCCCAAGUGCGAUGUGCCGCCGUACCGAACGUUCCAGGGCCUGCGCAACCAUGUGCGCAGCGAGCACAGCCUGCACUACUGCGACCUCUGCGUGGAGACGCUGAAGAUCUUCACCUUCGAGCGCCGCUGCUACACACAGCAGGAGCUGCAGCUGCACAACACCAAGGGCGAUCCGGACAAUCGCUCGCAUCGCGGUCAUCCACUGUGCGAGUACUGCAAGAAGCGUUAUGUGGACAGGGAUGAGCUGUUCCGUCAUUUGCGCCGCGAGCAUUACUUCUGCCACUUCUGCGACGCUGACGGCUGCAAUGAGUUCUACAACGAUUAUGCCGACUUGGCAGAUCACUUCCGGCAGGAGCACUUCCUCUGCGAGGAGGGCAAGUGUGCCACGGUGCAGUUUGUGGGCGCCUUCCACAACGAGAUUGCGUACAAAGUGCACGUGGCCAACGUGCACGGCAAGUCGCUGAACAAGCAGCAGGCCAAGCAGACUCGCACCCUGCAGCUGGAGAUAACCUUGGGACCACGCGGACGCAGCGGUCAGACGGAACAGGGCAUAGCCAACAUGAGAGCAAGGAACGAUGAGCACAGCGAUUACCUGGACGAGCUCCCGUCGACAAGCACCCAGCGUCAAGUGAGCAUAGAUGCCGACAACGAGGAGCAGUUUCCCACUUUGCGAGGUGCCUCCACUGCUCCGAGCGUGUCCUUGGUGAGACCACCGCCGCCCUCGAUGCGCAAUCUCAGCGGGACCUCGGGACUUGCCCGGACCAAAGAGAACUUCCCAGCCCUGGGUGGUGGAAACGGGGGAGUUGUGGGCGGUGGCCCAACUGGCAGUAGUCUCUUUACCAGAGCCGCCCAGUCCCAGCAUCCCGUGGCUGCUGUAUUCAAAAAGCCCACCAGUGGAGCCAGUUCAGCUGUCCGAGCUGCAGCGCCAAGCAAUGGAAUGCUCCUGCACGUGUCCAAUCGACCGGCAGCCGGAGCUUCGGCAGCUUCGUCCAAAAAAGCAGCUCCUCCACAAAUGGACUUCCCUGCCCUGCCGGGCAAGGGAAACAAGAAGAAUCUACGCAACCUGGAGGAGGACAUGUUGCCCAGCGGCUCAGGAAUGCCCAUGACGAAUGUCUCGGCCAAGCACCGAACGCUGGUCGAUGAUUAUGUGUCGGUGGCCAACCCGACCACCUUCCAGAAGCUCCAAAUGGUACAACAAGAAGAGAACGAGGCAAAGGCUCGUCAGGAGGCCUUGAAGAAGAGUGCUCCCAAACUUACCGCCGCAGAGUUUCCCACCCUGGGACCGAGUGCAAGCUCCAGUGCUAGUUUUGGCAGGGCAAAUGUCUCGAAGCCUGUUAAUGGAUCUGCUGCCUUGAACUGGGCCAAGCCGGUGUCCGAGAAGAAGCAGCGUGAGCUGGAAAAUCGCAAGGCUAAGGUGGCCCCGGCUCCUGUCCUGCCCACGACCUCUGCCAAGCCGGCAACCAAGGCGAGCAAUAACAAUGUGGCCGAACAGCAGGGCAAUAAAAAAGAUAAAAAGGCAAAGGAUAAAAAGAGCAACCAGGAAAAUCAACCCAAGGCGCCGGCGGCGGCCAAACAAAAAGAGAAGAACAAUAACAACGAACAAAAAGCAUCUGCCAAUGGUACCCCAUCGACGCCGGUACGUAAUCCACCUGGCUUGGGUUCCGGCGGACCACUGAGACCACCGCCUGGAUUCAUGUCCAAUGUGACUGUCAACUCGGUGGCCAAGCUGCCCAACAACCUGACGUUCACCAGCUCGAUGGGUGAGACCUACAACAUUGUGCCUAGCCCCUACACGUACACUGAUCCACCAGAUACUGGCUUCAGGAAUCAGAAAUUGGUGGACCAGUUUAUUGAAAUACUCAAAACACCAGAGGCUCUUAACGAAUUUCGCCUGCUCUCGACCAAAUUCCGGGAUGGCUCCUGCACAGGUCAGGCGUACUAUGAGCACUGCCAGUGCGCCAUGCUGAGCUCGUUCUACAAGCUCUUCCCCGAGCUCUUGGCCAUGCUGCCCGACAUAAGCAAGCAACAGGAGCUUUAUCUAGUGCACAAGCAGCAUCUGAACAGCUUAUCGCCAUCGCAGCUCAAGUCCGUGCCCAGCCUGGAGGUUUGCAAGGUCUGCAAGCAGAUUCUCAUCGCACAAGAUUUGGAAGGCCAUCAGCAAGUGCACGAGCUAAAAAAGAACUUUCCCGCGCUCGGGAGCUCAGCUUCCAAUUCGCAGCGCAAGUAAAGGCGAAGUAAAUCACUAUAAUAGCUUUAUCCCUGUAUAUUUUGUAUAUACUGUUUCAACGAAGAACCAUGUCCGCACCCAUGUCGUGCGAGUCGAAAUCUAAAUGUGAAGUAGAAGUUAAACUGUAUAAGCGCCUCCCGCCCCCACCCCAAUCAAAAGCAAUCUGUGACUUAGUCCAGGCAGUAGUGCGUCGUAGUGCAACCUGGUGUAAAUCGGGGAAGCCUUUUUAAUCACUGAGUGAGCUUGUGUGUGUAGUAAAUGCCGGAAACCCAAUAAAGUUCAAAUGAAUCGAA